AUGCCUUCCCUCUCUUCAGUCCAACCGACUGAAGAACGCAGUACUGAUAGUCCGACUUCCUCGGCUGCUACCUUCACUAUGGGCCUCCUGUCUCCGGAAAGGCAACUGGAGACGUUUCAGGCCGACAUUGCCUACUACACCUUGAUUCAGGCCAUUGGCCCUUACUGCUUAUUCACCGUGGCGAUGUCUCUGGUACGCAACUUUCUGACCAGUGAUGUCACCGACAUGAGCAUCCUUUAUGGCGACACCAAUGCCCUUACGGUCCUCGUGAUUGCCUCUGUUUGGCUCUUUGGCUACCGUCCCUCUAAGCCAGCCAGGCUGCUGAUUUGGAUGUUUUUAGCCGCCUGGUACACAUACUGCCUGAUCGACGACCUCUAUUCAUCGGAGUGGUUCCUGUAUGAAGACAUCUGGCUCAACCACAUGAUCUUUGUGACCAUGAUCUCGAUGGCUCUUUGUCUUCCAGUGGGCAUAAUUUGGACCAUGACUGUGGCACAUACCUUCUUGUUUUUGGCCCUAGAGAGUGCGAACGGCUGGGCGCAAGGACAGCCGUCGGCUGGAAUGCAGGUCUUCAUCGUGGCCGUCCUCGCCAUUUCCACAAGGCACACCAGGUUUCUCCUGAACAUCACAAACCGGAAGGCGGAGGCUGAGUUCAAGUUGAAGAUC